GAAGGGGUUGAUUUGUAAGGGUGGCGGAAGGUCAAAAGGGGAAGUGACUGCUUUAAAUCUUGACCUGUAACAAAUCAAUCAUGGGAAGUUCUACUGGUCUCUGAACAUCUACCCCAGGAACUGUAGCCUUAUCUGUCAAUGAAGAUUAACAAAUACCACCUUUGGGAGCCAGUUUGCACAGCCUUUUCCCCUCCUAUUUUCUAAUCUCCCACAGAAAUCAAUACACAAACAUUAUGGAUCACAACUCUUCUUGUCAUGGUGACAAGUUCCAAGUGCAGUUAUUGCCUUCAGUGUACGGUGUUGAGUUCUGCGUGGCGUUGGUUGGUAACCUGUUUGCCCUGAGACUCCUGUCUACCAGGGAUAGGAACAGCUGGCACACUGGUGUGGUGCUGUCCUGUAACCUGGCCAUCAGUGACCUGCUCUAUGUCCUCACUCUGCCCCUGCUCAUAGUCUACUACAUGCAGGACAAGAACUGGCUGUUUGGGGUGGCGGUCUGUAAGAUAGAACGCUUCCUCUUCACCUGCAACCUGUAUGUUAGCAUCUACUUCAUCAUGUGUAUCAGUGUGAACCGCUAUGUGGCCAUUGUGUAUCCCUUCUUCAGCCGGAACCAUGUGAACCCCGCCAAAGCCAAGGCUGCUAGUGUCGCCAUCUGGAUCUUUGUGACAGCCAUCUCCUCUCCCGUGUUGAAGUUUGCCUCCACAUGUCCAGAGGGAAGCAACAAAACCUGUUGUGUAUCCUACUCCUAUUGCACCAACAGUGAUGCAGUUGCAUACUCUCACUUGUUUUACAAAGUCUUUCUGUCUGUGGUUGGGUGUUUUAUUCCCUUCCUGGUCACAUUUGCAUCAUACUGCGCAGUGUUGAGGGUGGUGUGGAGGAAUGUGAAUAUAACCUCCCUGGAGAAACGGAAGGUGGCCCUGAUGGUGUUUGCAGUGGUUGUGCUGUAUGCCAUUUCCUUUGUGCCUUAUCACCUCCUCCAGAGCUACUAUUUCUACCAGAAGGUUCACAAACUUGGCUCAGUCUGCGACUGGGUGUACAAGGCCUACCAAGUGUCCAAGGGACUGGCUACACUGAACAUGUGCAUCCAUCCACUGCUCUACAUGGCUGUGUUUGAUAACAUCAGAGUGGCCUGCUGUGGAAGGAGCUCAGCAGAUAUGGCAAUGAAUAAUACAUGAAUUAAACGAUGCUCUCUCUGCUCUUUGGAAGCUUGCACUUAUGGUGUUUCUGAUAAGCAAGUGUUACACACAGUUGAUGACUUAUCUGUAAAUAACUGCAGCUAUAUGCACUUCCUUCCAAUGUUCUGAUGGUCAUGUUUCCUUUCAUAAAGUCUAAACUAUG